AUGGCAACCGUUGAUCAGUUUCUAAUUACGUCCAAGAACGUUCGUCUUCGUCAAUAUAGCAAUAUAAAACAAAUGCGACUAAUUGCAUGUGCAAUGAUCAUUCUCUGGUGUUUACAUGGAAUUCCGUUUGUUCUCUAUUACGACAUUCCAUCAAUAAGUCAAGAAUGCCGUAUUACUAGUUCCGCUUUUCGUCAUUAUACUGUCGUUUACACAUUGGUACUCGCGUCUGCUAUUCCUGUCCUUAUUGUCUCGAUAUUCGGAUAUUUAACUUUUCGAAAUAUUCGUCAAUCGACUGUUCUCGUUGAACAACGUGCUGAUCGGCAAAUAACCAAAAUGACUUUGUUACAAGUUUUGCUUAUCAUAGUUAGCGUAACGCUAACAGGUGUCUUUUCUGCUUACAUGUCGAUUACAGAUAAUAUCACAAAGGAUGCACAGCGAUUAGACAACGAAUUACUUGCUACGACUAUCAUCACAUUAACAUCAUAUCUUUAUUUUGUUGGCAACUUUUACAUGUUCCUGAUUACGUCCAGCCGAUUUCGGUCUGCUGUUAGACAUCGAAUGAACUGCUGCUGCAAUGAGAAACAAGUCCAUCCAUCCACUAUGAUACACAAUGAGAACUAA